UUUUGAUUCGGCAGUGGUAAUGUCAUGUAAAUCUUUCGCCAAUAUUUUUACAUAUUAAGAAAUACACGUUAUAUUGAACAUAACUAUAAAUUAUUCUACAUAUCUCUAUAACGGAGAUUCCGUAUAGGAAUUAUUAUAAUUGAAUAUAUAUAUGUAUAUGUAAGGAACUGAUUUAUUACAUUCUUAUGAAAUAAAAGGUCGUGCUCAAACACAUGAUUAGAUAAAUCAAGUUUCGCUUGACGAACUACAUUCAAGAUCUUAUAUACGUACUACGUUUCUUUCAUUUACUCUCUUUAAUUCAAUUCUUAUUUACAGGUAAUUUUAUAUAUCAAUAUAUCGAUUAUGACUACUUUAAAUCCCAAUGAACUUACCAUAGUAAAAAGAGACCUACAUGUUCCUUCUCUUGAUGAAAUAAAAGAUGUCUUAAAAGAAGGAUUGAUUAAAAAUUUCGCGGAUGUAGAAGUAGAAGUUGUUGAUUGUCCAGAUUUAACGAAAGAACCUUUCACACUUGCUGCGCCAGGAUUAGCUGGCAACCCAACAUUACUAGAAAUUGGUGGACCAGCAUUUCUUCUUCCUACUGUACAAAAAAAUAAAUUAUAUGACAUCCAACAACUUUUGGAUCACUUACAAUACAAAGAAGAUUCUUUUGUUGUUGGAGCAGGAGCUGGUCCAUGGCCAUAUCUAAAUUCCAAUUGUGAGCUUAUAAUGAAUUUAAGUGUUUCACCAUCCAGUGUGCAAAAUGAAACUCGUAUUUCAUCUGUCAAUACAACAAAUGGAAAUUGUGUGCUUCAAACAUUACCUAAUACUGAAACAAGACUCGCUUUAUUAGCUAAUUUGUUUGUUACUGGAGGGAAACCAGGUAAAGUUUUAAAAGUCCAUGCUACAAGACGUACUGGAAAUGAUGAUUUUAUUGCAUCUAUGCAAAAAGCAAUUGCUCUGCAUUAUCCAAAUAAUCUUGUUGGAUUAGGAGGAACGUUUUUAAUGAAAGAUGGAAAAGUUAAACAGCAUGUUAUGGCAGACUUCUCAAAAACUCCAUUAAAGACGGAAGCACAACUUAAUAAUUGGUUACACUUCUAUAAUAUGUCAACACCCCUAAUAGCUGUUGGUACAUUUGUCAGUUCUGAAAGUGAUUUAGAUCUUCGUGUUCAGCAUUUCCACAGCUUUUCCCAUCACGGAGAAGGUGGACAUUAUCAUAUUGAUACAACACCAGAAACUAUUGAAUACUUGGGAUAUUUCAACUUGGGUACUACACUUUACCGUGUAGAUAAACCACUAACUGGUAUUCAGUUUGGAAAGGAUUAAUUGCUGUUAUAUAAUUGUAUAUACAUUUUGUCUAAAAAGUGAUGCAUAAAUGUUUAUGGUAUAAUAAUCUUAUGAACAUAUUUCUUUUCUAACUAUAUAAUUCAAAUUAUUCGAAAGGAAAAAUAUAUUUUUCAAAUCAUUUUACUAUCAUAAUAAAAAUAAUCACUGAAAUAAA